UGGAUUAUCAGAACGUGACAGAGCCAUGCUCAUUGGGCUCUAUGGCUGAACUGUGUAUCUCCGUGCUGGGUUGUGCACUGCUCCUCAGCCUCACCGUCGGCCUGUGGUCAUCUUCCAAAGCGGACACCCUCACACGCCCCCAAAAUGUCCAUUUCCAGUUGGGGUUUUUUAACCACAUUUUGAGCUGGACACACGACAGUCCUGGAGCUGACAGCACCUUGUAUGAAGUGGAGUAUCUGAGUUAUGGUGGCAAUUGGACCUCUGUGCCUCAUUGCACUUUUACCAGCUUCCAGUAUUGUGACCUCACAGUGGAGACCUUGCCUACGAGUCUUGGAUAUGUUGCAAGAGUCAGGAGCGUUCUUGGAAACCAGACAUCAAAGUGGACUCGAACAGCACGCUACACGUUCUCACUAGUUAUUCUACCCCCACCAUACGUAUCGCUGGAGGUGGAUGGCCCCUCUUUACUUGUUCAACUAAGUCUGCCAAAAAUCGAGGGGAACAACAUCACUAAGCGCUACGAAGAUGUUUUUCCCUAUAACCGCGUGUACACCAUACACAUCCGGCGAACUGAAGAUAACCACACGUUUAUACAAGUGAAGGACGCUGAAAGUUUCCAUUUACAUGGCCUGGUUGCUGGGAAAGAGUACUGUGUGCGCGUUCAGCCCUCAAUCUCUUCACGGGGAAACGUUGGCGAGGCCUCUCCAGAGAUCUGCAUUCACCUCCCAGAGCAAGAAGUGGCCAGCAGUACUUUGUUGGCAGUGGCAUCCGGAAUUCUGACUUUUGUGGUGUUGCUAAUCUUUAUCAAUUUCUUAAUUUGUCUCUAUGUUCAAGAAGGUGGGAAGACCCCCAAAGCACUGAAGUCUCUCAUUAAGAGGAAUUGGUCAUGGACGGACAAACCCUCUUCUCCCGUGAUAGAGACUGCUCUGUGCUGGGAAAAUGGACUGAUUGAGCAGCUGAUUGCGGAUCCCAGAAACUCGCUGAUGCGCAGCAGUGCAGAUAGCGGGUUUGGGAGCCAUAUUUUUGACCACAAUAUGUCAAAUCCCCAUCCAGUGCCUUUAGACACGACUGCAAACGAGAGAGGUAUAAGUGUGCCAACGGCAGUUUCUGACUUUAAAGAGCUUUCCAUACAAGUUGAGAGUCCUGAUGAGCACCACCAAGAAGAAGACAGCGGUAUCAGCUUAUCCACAGGUUCUCCAAGCCUCAAGCGCUCCAGCAGCUGUAGUGAUACCCCCUAUAGAGAAAACCCACAAAGUUGGAGCAACAGCAGAGUGGAAAUAGUGCCAAAUGUACCACUGGGAUAUCAGAAGCAACGAGGACCUGAGGUGAAACCAAAUUGCUUGGAAAAUCAGGAAUUGGUGAACACUUGGCAACCACAAAUGAAGGAUUACCUUUCACAAGGUCCACAGAACCAGCAGAAGGACCAUAUUGAAAUUCAUCUGCAAGAGGAAUGUGACGUUUUCCCAGUACCAUGGGCUCAAAUGCCAGAGGCCUUCCAGUCGUCUGUCCCACUAACGGUGGCUUUCAGUCCUUUCAGCCGGGUGCUGUGGGAUUUGGGAGUCAUCUCUCCAUCUCUCGGAGAUGUAGAACUCAUGGACACCAGAUCCUAACCGUUUUCAAGAGAGAACUGAUCAUCACUGAACAUGAACUUCUGAAUUUGUAAGACCAUGUUGCCAUCAGUAUAUUCUGGCCUUUACCCUACAUGGACAUUAAGCGUUGGUGCAGAAGAACCUCUUCAUGGCCCAGAUUUAUCAAGCCUUGGAGAGUGAUAAAUAGCUCGGGGAUAAAGUAUCAGCCAAUCAUCUCCUAACUGUCAUUUUUCAAACCCAGCCUGUGACAUGGAAGUUAGGAGCUGAUUGGCUGUACUUUAUCACUCUCCAAGGCUUGAUAAAUGGGGGCCCAUAUGUUUUCAAUUUUGCAGCUCUGUUUUGCUAGGCCCCUAUAUUUAAUUAUGUCAAAGUUGGGGGAAGGGGGUAUACGGGACACUGUACGGGACGGGAUAAGUUUUUAUGUUAAUAAGAAAAAUGAACAUAUAUGGAUCUCUGUGAUGUCUCUGACCGUAUUCAUGAGGUGUAUCAUCCCAAAAUUUCAGCUGUCCAUGCCACCAAGAAGAAGAACACUUGCGGGCAUAGCUUAAUUGCCAGUCAGUGGUGCUUCCCAGAGUCAAUUAUCAAUAAUAUGCAAAUUUCUUUCCUCCUAGCCCACAUAUCAUUGGCAAAUAGUGGACGGAAUGUAAUGAAGUCCUAGUUUAACGGCCGUGCGGGGUGCCAGACGCACUUGGAUGGUUAUUUUAAAGGGGCAAACACGUACAAGGCAUGGUUUAGUCAUGUAAAUGAUUGCCCCUUUAAAAAACAUCAGAGUUCGGGUGGCGUCUGGCACUGCCGCUGAACUAGACUUAGGGGUACAUUUACUAAGCAGUGAUAAGAGCGGAGAAGUGAGCCAGUGGAGAUAUUUCCCCAUCAACCAAUCAGCAGCUCUGUAUCAUUUUAUAGUAUGCAAAUUAUAGAUGUUACUUCAGUGCGGAUUGGUUGCCAUGGGCACUUCUCCACUGGCUCACUUCUCCACUCUUAUCAUUACUUAUCUUGCUUUCUGAGAUGGACUCUUUGCACUGAAAAAUGAUUAACUGUUUAAGUUUCCAAAAUAACAACAUCUAAUAACUAAUGUGAAUGAUAACAAAGAAUGACAAGAUAAUUUUUUCAUAAUUGCACUUUAUGUAUCUAUGACCUCUUUGCACUAUGGGCCUGAUUUAGAUUUGUAUCCAAAUUUUUUUUUUUUUAUUAACAGUUUCUUAUAUAGCGCAGCAAAUUCCGUUGCGCUUUACAAUUGGACACAAUAAUAAAACAAAACUGGGUAAUAAACAAACAGUCAUAGAGGUAGGAAGGCCCUGCUCGCAAGCUUACAAUCUAUAGGGAAUCCGAUGGUUUACGCACAAAUUCGAUGGUUGUGGGUCUGCACGGGUGCAAGACCCGUUCUGCACAUGUGAGAACGGUUCUUGCAAUAUUGCUCGCAGCUCCCCCCCUUAGCUGCAGCACGAAUGACAUGGUGUGGCACUUGGGGGGCAGAGUGGUGGUGGUGGCACCAUCACCAUAUCAUACCUCCCAACUUUGAUUUCAGUGGAGGAGGGACACCAGCGCGCGCCCGAUUUUAGGGGGCGUGACCUAACGAAAAGGGGCAUGGUCUCGCGGCAAGUGCUGCAAUCGCAAGCCACGCCCCCCGUUUUCAUCAUUAUGGGGGCAUGAACAGCGCUGUGAGAGCUGCUGGUCAUGCCCCCUGUCCCUCUCUGCCGUGUAUAGACGCUGUGCGCAUAGCAUCUAUUCACCGCUGCUCUCCUCAGAGCAGCGAGUGACAGGGAGGGAUCUCCCAACUGCCCCCACCACCCGCGGAACAAUACGGCCCGCGGUGGGACAGCGGGACAGACCGUGAAAAACGGGACUGUCCUGCCAAAAUCGGGACAGUUGGGAGGUAUGACCAUACUUCAAAACAUUGUACUGUCUGCACAGGAAGUCAUCAGACGCAGACUUCCUGGACCCGCCUGUCCGGAUCCUGUGGCCAAUCUGACUGAGCUUCAGCUUAUGCAGACUGAUUGCAGCCUGCAAACAUCGUGAGUCACGGCCGAUGGUCGCGAUGGUGAUCUGAUGCUGUGUCUACAGACGCAGAACUCGCAUCUCGCAGAUGCCUGCUGCUACAUUUGCAUUUCAUUUGUGCGGCACUGCACAGCCGCUUCCCACGGAGUACGGCCCUGUGUUCUUGGAGAAAUCACUACCAUUUUCCAUUUAUUUGUACUUUGCGUCAGCCACGUUGUCAUAACGGAGCUGUUGCUGCAAUCUGAAGUGGAGAAAGUUUGCCAUAGAUGCUUUCUGUACCCAUCACCCAUGAACGACAAUGAGCAAACAAAUCCUGCACAACGUGCUCACCAGCCACACUACUACAAACCCUGCUCCAUCUGUGGACGUGUUCUAGCUGUAAAUAGAAAUCAAUACUUAUGUUGGCGUCUCACUGGUUUGUAAAUCUUCAAUUUACUGUGAAGUUUAAAUUUGCACGAUUAUUUUACACACUAGUAUAUUUUUAUAUUUAUUUGUACAUACUGUUGUAAGUACUAUUCUAAACGCUAUGUUUUGUGUACAGAUGUACUCUGCUUUUAUAUAUGUCAUUGUAUCAUACAUUACAGAGACAGUGGGGAAAAUUUACUAAGAUGGGAGUUCUAUUUAAGAUGGGAUGUUGCCCAUAGCAACCAAUCAGAUUCCAGGUAUUAUCUUCUAGAA